AUGGCAGAUGACACCAGCAAUACACUUACUCAAGACCAUUUAGACAAGGAUUCCAAAGAAACAAACAUUGGAUCUAAAGCAAACAAGGAUGAUUCUACGGCCAAUAUAGAGGAAGGACAUGAAGGAUUCAAUCACAGUGUAGGUGCUCUGAAUGAUGCAGGUCCGACAGGUUUAAAGGACAAAAUAACAGGAUCUAACACAAGUAAACUUUUUCCUGAACUGAAACCAUUUGUAGACAUUACAGAGAGAAGCUUAAAUAUAUCCGAAGAUGUGUCUACAUUUGAUAAUGAAGAUGAUUCCAGUGUUGUUAGAAAUGAAUCGGCAGCUACACACGCUAUUUCUGGAGGCAUUAAGGACCCAAAGGAAAUCUCCACUGCAGAUGUAUCAGCUGACGAGGCAGCAAAAAACACUGAAGGUGAGAGAAAUGUUUUUGAGCAUACAACACACCGUGAAAACAAAGCACACGAACAAAGUGACACAAUACUAAACAAAAACACUAAAACAGAUUAUACAUUACCCAUUGAUCAGUUAGAAAGCCAGUCCACAGUGGAUAAUGAAGUAACUCAAAAUGGCUUGGUUAUUGCAAGUGGGAUCAUAGUCCAGGAUAGGAAGGGCAGAGAUUCGGUUGCCAAAAAUACUAUUAUUACGGACCAGAAUGGAAUGGAAUGGACACAUGGAUUAAAUGAUCAAACCAAACACUAUACAUGUGAUGAACAACAUGUGGCAUCUUUAAGUCAUUGCUCGCCUACCCUGACUCACCCAAACUCACAUGUAAAGGAUGUCAUUUCAGGAAAUAACCAAUACGAACAACAUUCUGAAGCUAGUGAGGAAGAUAAAGUGGACGUUUGUGGACAGCAGUUCAACGCUGUGGAGAAAAGUCUUCCAGCUUAUAUCAGUGCCCCAGCCGAUAAUAUUAAUCAAAUAGUGGCAAUUGAUAAGGAAGUACCACAUGAUCAUAUUCUUGGACACAACAAGCUCAAUGGUAUUCAGAAAACACCACCUGUGAAUGGAUCAACAGAUACGUCACUUCAUUUUAAGAAACCCAUGGCAGACAAUGUUACAACAGUCCAAGCAAUAGAACAAGCAGUACCUCGAGAUAAUAUUCUUGGACACAAGAAGCUCAAUAAUAUCCAAAACCCGCCAUCUGUGAAUGGAUCAACAGACAAGCCACUUCAGUUUAAGAAAGCCAUGACACACAUAGUUAGAACAGUACAAGCAAAGGAAACAAUAGCACCUAUACUGUCCACCUCGGUUAAAGACGCAAAGGACAAAUCUAAACGUGUAACCAGAUUCCUUGUAACGGAUACCUCAGAGGAUUACAGUGAGAUUGAAAAUAUCACAUCAUCAGUGGAACCCUCUUUUAAAAGUGAUCACUUGGGGGUGAUGGAAAUGCACCCAUCUGUAGUGGAUGACAUGACACCUGACCUAGAGAAUGAAAUGAUAGUUGAACAGGCCACGCUGACCAAUGAACUAAACAAGAGGAAAGUGCAAUUGGUAGUUCCUGAAUCUGAACCUAAAUUAUAUAUUCAACAGAAACUAAAUAAAAUGUCCAUCUCUCUAGACAAAGACACUAGUAAACCUUCUAUAAUUCACACUAAAGUGAAAAAGUCUCCAAAACAUGAUGUGUCAACCACGAAGUUAAUAUAUCAACCUCAGUUUUCUUUGCAGAUGAGAGAGCAUUCAAAGGUUGGAUCAACAUGGGCAGCUCGACCUACCUUUCUGAGAAGUAAAUCCGAGAAGGAGAUGGCAGUUAGAAGAAGUAAGAGUGAAGGUGUCAUAUCAAAGAGAACGACUACAGUGCCGAGAGUCAGAUCAGCUAGCACCGAACAGAAAGCUUAUAGACAGAAACUGACGAGAAAGAAAUCUACGCACACCCCUCGGCAACCCAUGAUGCAUGCUUUUGGAACACCUAGGCAGGAGAAACAGACAUCUGUUACUCCCAGGUCGCAGGGUUAUAUGACCCCAUCACAAACGCCAAGACAGAAGACCCAGACAUCAUUAAGAUCGACAUCACAGGCUACCCGAACACCAACCAGCACACCACGGCAGAAAACACAAACGUCCAUAACAUCCACAAUACAAGGCUCUGAAACACCCACACGUACACCACGAGAGACAACACAAACAUCCAUAACAUCCAUAAAACAGCUUUAUGAAACACCAACCAGCAUACCACGUCAGAAAACACAAACUUCUAUGUUAUCUAGAAAUCAAACGCUUGAAACACCAACAGAUAUAUAUCAUGAUAAAACACAGACGUCCAUGUCAUCGAGAAAACAGGCGUAUGAAGCACCAGCCAUUACACCACGGCAGAAAACACAAACUUCCAUAAUAAAACAAACUGCUGAAAUGCCCAGCCUGAUGCUUCGAGACAAAACACAGAUAUCAAUACAAUUAGAAUCACGGGUUAAUGAAAAGACCAUAGAUGAUGCACAGCAAAAUAUUGAAACCCCCAUUACUCCCAAAGCACCAGGGUAUCAGCCCGUCACAAAGACGCCAAGGAAAUCUGUUGCUCAAACUCCACAAAUCAAACAUAAGCCAAAACUACCGCAGUAUCUGGAAGAAAAAUCCAAACAAAGGCUGACAAAACCACAAAAGCAUCUAUCUCCAAGGGUAAAAAAUAGAGAAAAGGAAAACGUUGUUGCCAAGAUAAAGCAGAAUGAGAACAUAAAACAUUCGGACAUUGGGAAGAAGAGUCAAGGGCAAAGAGGUGAUGCUCACAUGACUGUUACAAGGAAAGAAGAUCUGGACAAAGAAACACAUUUAGCACAAGUGAAAGCUGAACAGACAUACAUGGUUCUGAGUAAGCCAGGUUUCCAGGCACCACCAACUAUUAAAUUAUAUCAAAAACUGCAGAAUAUCAGACAGAAAGAUACCUUGCCCCAGAGUCAAAGGAUCAAAGAUGAGGAUAUGAGUACAGGAGUGGCAGGCUCUGGUGAAAAAUCAAGCAGUAAACACAAGCAGAUUUCUGACACUGGUAAAAUCCCCAAAAGACGAGAGUCCUUACGUAAACCAUUGUUUCUAGACAAAUUUUAUUCACCUUCAAAAUCGCCAUCUCAUAGUGAAAUGAAAUCAGUUGGACAAGGGCAUAUUGUGUCAGGAAUACCAAAACUUCAAGAAAAAUCUUAUUCGUUUAUAACCUCUGCAAGCCGGUCACGUUCUCGUAGCCAAUCAGAAUCACCAGGCAGAAGUCGUAUCUCACCUAGAAAGAGUAGUGUUACCACAGGAACUCCAAAACUUAAACCUUCUACAACCAAAAGCAAAUCACAAACAGCAGCCGAAUUGCAGACCGAUUUAGAUCAUAUUGCAAGACUUGAAACGGAAAAUACGGACGAAUUCUUUGAUAGACUUGAACAGAUAAAAGAAGAAACAAUGAAAUAUGAAAUGAACAAAGUGAAACAUGAGGAGAUUCAGAUUUUAGACCCAGCUGAUUCUGGUGAACAGGGAACAGAAAGAUAUCAGAUUUUAGACCCAGCUGAUUCUGGUGAACAGGGAACAGAAAGAUAUCAGUUUUCUCAAGAUAAGGAAGAUAGUGAUGAGAGAAGUUCAAGAAAAUCAAGAUAUGACGAAUUUGUGGAAACAAAAGGAUUUCAUGACGGUUAUGAAAAAGAACAUGACAAACCUACAGACUCUGAUAUAUACAAGGAUGAAAUGAUAGGCACCUCUGCAGAAGAUCUUAGCAAGGAAAAUGGUAAAAAACAGACUGAUACUGUAACUGAUAAACAUGCAUCCACCGGAGAGAUAAAGAGAGAGGGGUCUGGAAGUAUAUAUAUUAAAGGGAAAGAAGAAACUGAAGACCAAACAGUGAGCAUUCCUCAAAUGUUAGAUGAACAUGGUGUAGGGGCAACUCAAGUUCAUGUUAUGUCUGACGUGCGUGGUGGACAAUCAUAUGCUGUUGAUGAUCUUGCUGAAGGAAAACCAAGAAUGGAAACAGUGUCACAGGACGAAGGCAGGCUCUCCAGAAUCUUACAACUUGAUGUGACAGAAUUCCCAGAUGAUGUCAAGCUACAUACAGACCAUGAGGAAAAUAAGAUACCUUUGCCAAUAGACAGUGCAGACGUGAUCAGGAGUAAAUCAAAGGAAUCAGUUAGAAAGUCCGUAUCUGAGUUAAAUGCAGUUAAUGCGCCACCAGUCACACCACCAGCUAAAGAUGUUGCAGAUGCAGCAUUGGUGUCUAGAAUUGAUCAUGAUUCUGAUCAAAUAACAGGAAUAGUAGAAGAUAGUAGACAGGAAAGUACAAGUCCUGGGGAAAUGACACAACAGAAGGAACUCGGUGCUAAGAUCCCGCUUAAUGUUGAAGAUAAAACAUCUCAUGAGCAGAGCCAUUCAGAUGACGAAAGUGGUCAUGCAUCGGUGAUAAAACAGAGUAUAGAAGAAUCACCAAUUGCUGCUACAAAACAAGAUGAUACAACUACUUUUGUGUCAGACCAAUACGUUGCAGUACGUGACUCUGAGACUGUGUUGAGAUCAACAGAAGGAAUUCGUGAGAGGUCAAGUGUUGAUGAUAUUGAGGAAAGCAAACCACAAAGUCAAGUAGAUAGGGAUGAGGUGAAAGGGAAGAUUGACAACGUGAAUAUCGUUGUUGUAUCUUUACCUGCUGUUGAUGGGUCCGCAGGUACAGUUAUCAAACAAAAACAGCAGACUUCAGAUGGAAUUACAGACAGUGUUGAAAUGGCAGAUGUCCAUGUAGAUCAGUUGGAUAAUCAGGAUACUACUAGACCUUCAGAUGUUGGCGAUAUUGGGAGAAAUGAGUCUCCAGGUACCAAAGUGCCACAAGAACAUAAUGGAAGUAUACACAACACGGCUGAACAAACUGUCGACAAGGUAACCAUUAUUGCACAAACUGCCCCAUUGUCUACGGAAUUAGAUCAUGUUGGCCAGAUAGAUGCUAGGGAAGAUGCUACAGACGAGACAGAUAACUGUGAUCAUAAACAAACCACAGAAAAAAUAGAAGCUGGCGGACCUGCAUAUUUGCAAAAGUCUGGAGAGAUAGAGUUGCCAGAGGACACAAGUGGAGAUGAGAGGAUACAACCUCAUUUAGAUGACAUUACAGAGACAGCUUUAAAACACACAGACGAAACCAUUGUAGAAACAACUGAUAUAGCUGCUGUUGAAAAAGGACUCAAACUAGAUGCUAUGGUUGCUGAAGAGAAAAUUGUUGAAGUAGCUGGCGUUAGUAAAAGAGGAAUGAAAACAAGUUCACUGUCCACACAUGUUCCUGGUGGACAAGCAGAAGACACAGUCUAUAAAAGCAUGAAAGUUGAGCAUCCUAAAACCGUUAGUGAUGAAACAAAACCAAAUGAAGUGACCGAUGCAGAUUCUAUUGACCACAAGACAAAUGUAGCUGGUAAUAAAAUGACAGUAGAAAAGGUCCCUGGGAUGGAAAAUGAAGAAUCAACUAGAGCUGCUGAUGCUGUUACUGCUGAGAUAAUGACAGUGAACUUAGGUCAGUCACUUGAGAUGAUAAAUGAUAAUGUUCAGGUUGAGACAACUGACACAGAGGUAAAUGAGACACGUGUAAAGACUCUGGAUAGUAAAGUAUCCAAAACAGUUAAGUCUAAAACCAAAGAUGGUAAGAAGAAGCUAACAAAGAAGAAGAAGAUGAAAAAACUAAUUCCUGCAAAGAAAGAUAAUGUGAUAACAGUUUUGGAUGUGCCUGGUGAUAAAGCACCUGUGGCAGACAAUAUAGCUACUGAUGAAUCUACAAAAGAGGUUUCUGAAGCUGAAGAUGGUAUAAAAGAUGGAAAGGUAGAUCAGCUUGAUGAAAAAAUCAUUGAUAAAAAUAAAUUGGAUGAAAAGAUCAUUGUUGAAAAUGAAGUUGAUGAUAAUUCCAUUGUUGAAAAUAAAUUGGACGAAAAUAUCAUUGUUGAAAAUAAAGAGGAUGAAAAGAUCAUUGUUGAAAAUAAAGAAGAUGAAAAGAUCAUUGUUGAAAAUAAAGAGGAUGAAAAGGAACAAGUGUCGGAAGAGACUAAAACAGCUAAACAGAAAGACGAAGAUGAUAUCCCGAGAGAGAAAGGGGUGAAAAGAAAACACAGAGAAAAGCCAGUUCACUCACCUAGAGGAGAGCUAAAGUUUCAAAAAGAUGAUGGAAGGGAGACACGGCGAUGGGGUAGAAGGGAGUUUUCUGAAAUUGUCGACUUAGUGAUGCUGGCUAACAAAGGUUCAGAUGAAGAAACCGUUGCAGAAGGAAGAGAGAAGAAACCUGGUGAAGAUCAUCACCAACACAGUAGUCGUCGGCACCACAAGCAUCAGCACAGAUUGUCUCAAGACAGUACAUUUGUUGAAGACAAUGAGAAAGCUGCUACUUUAUACUCCAGAGAAAGGUCUAAAGAGAACUGGAGUAGAAUCCGUACUUUAGAUUAUUAUUCUAUAAAAGAGAUAUAUAAAGACAAACCAGUUACCAGAUCUAAAUCAAACGAGGAGAAAGACAGUAUUCUGAUUUUGCAUGACAAAAAGAAAAGACAACGAAGAUCAAGAAGGGACAAAAGCAGCGGUAGCAGAAAGCGGGAAUUGAUCGCAACCGAGUUUGCCAAUGAACAAGAAAUAACAGGUGUCGACAUAAAUGGAAGUGCAGUUCUACUUGAUAAAGAAAGUCGCAAAAGUUACAGAAAGUCUCGGCAUUCUAAAGGAGAUCAGAAUAAUACAGAAGAAUUAGACUUGGGUAACACUGAACAAAAUCAGGGAUCAUUGGAUCAAAAACAUGAACGAAAGCAUAGGAAGUCAAGACAUUCAAGAAGAGAGCACAGUGACAUUAACGCAGAAAAGAUUCCCAUCCCAGAUUCAAUAAAUUUCGACAAGGCAUUGGAUGUUGAUGGCAUUGAAGAACACAAACCACAACAUGAGAGCAGACCUAGAGAAUCUAGAAGGAAAAUACCAAAUGUAGAACAUUUUGUUGAGCCAGAACAAGAUGUUAGUCAGGAAAGAAAAAAUGAAGUUGAAAAGGACACUGAUGUACAUGUUAAUGAUGAGUAUAAGAGAAGAAAGGAAAGAAAAUCUAAGCACAGGCAUGGAGAUCUAAGUGGAGAAUAUAUGUCAGUACGCGAAACAUUAUUUGAUGAGAAAGGAAUUCUGAGUGUGGAAAACAUCAAACCUGAACCAACAGAUGAUAAGAGUGUUGAUAAAAGAAGCCACAGUGUCUUCGUGCUUUCAAAACGAGAAAGAGGUGAUGCCAGCAGAGACUCACAAAAUGAUGGUGACGACAAAAAGGUUGAUGAAGGAUCAGCUGAUAGAAAACGAGAGUGGAGACAUAGAAGGUCUAGACAUUCCAGAACAGAAAGGCGCAACGCUAGCAGGGAAAUACCUAUUGACUCGCAAGAUGACAGUGAAGAGGAAGCGAUGGAUACAAACUCAACUGAAAGACAACAUGAGAGAAGACGCAGGAGGUCUAGGCAUUCCAGAACUGAAAAGCGUAAUGCCAGCAGAGAAAAGAGCAUUGAUGUACAAAGUGGUGAGGAAAGGAAGGAAAGGGCGGAUAGCAUAUCAACUGAUAGGCAGCAUGUAAGAGGGCAUCGAUCAAGGCAUUCUAGAAGACCUGAAAGCAUUGCCAGCAGAGAAACAAAUAUUGAUUUACAAAAUGUUUAUGAGCAUGAACGGGUAGAAGACAUAUCUCUCGAUAGACAACAUAAGAGCAGACACAGAUCAAGACAUUCUAGAAGAGCUGAACGCAUUGACAGCAAAGAAAAAACUAUUGAUAUACAAAAUGAUGAGCACGAAAAGGCAGACGGAGAACAUGAGAGUAGACACAGAUCAAGUCAUUCUAGAAGAGAAAAAAAGAUUGACAGCAAAGAAAAGACUAUUGAUUUACCAAAUGAUGAGCACGAAAAGGCAGAUGACAUAUCAGUUGAUAGAAAACAUGAGAGUAGACACAGAUCAAGGCAUUCUAGAAGAGAAAAAAGCAAUGUCAGCAAUCGUUUACUAGAAGAUUCACGAAAUGAAGGUGAAGAAAAAACGACAGCUGAAGUAUCAACUAAUAGACGAGACACAAGAUACAGAACAUCUAGACAUUCUAGACGAGAAGAAAGCAAUUCCAUUAGAGAAAAUACUAUUGACUCAUUAAAUGAAGAAAAUGUAGAGAAAACACCAUUUGAUAAACACCAAGAAAGAAGAAACAGAAUAUCCAGACAUUCCAGAAGAGAAGAUAGCAAUAUCAGCAGAGAAAAAACGUUUGAUUCACUAAAUGCAGAAAAUGAAGAGGAAAUAUUCUUCGAUAAACACCAAGACAGAAAAAACCGAAGAUCCAGACAUUCCAGAAGGGAAGGAAACAAUAUCAGUAGAGAAAAAACUUUUGAUUCGAUAAAUGUUGACGAAAAUGAAGAUGACAUAUUCAUCGAUAAAAACCAAGACAGAAGAAACAGAAGAUCGAGACAUUCCAGGAGGGACGGAAGCAAUAAGAGUAGAGAAAAAACAUUUGAUUCACUAAACGUAGAAGAACAUGAGGAUGACAUCUCAACUGAUAAACACCCCGAAAGAAGACGCAGAAAGUCCAGGCAUUCUAGAGGAGAGCGCAGAAGUGUAAGUCUUGAAUAUAACCCGGGAUCUGAAGAACCAGCAAUUCCUCAAGGAAAGACAGAUAUCAUAGACAAUAACACAAUAACGUCCACUGAUAUAUACUAUGACAUGAGGCAUAAAAAGUCCAGACACUCGAGAGCAGGACACAGACAUUCUAGUAGAGAGCUAACUUCAGAAGAAAUUGGACACCAUCAGAUCUUGAGUAUUUCAGAAGAUGAUACUAUGGACUAUAUGGGUAGGAAACAUAGCAGAAAAUCCAGACAUUCAAGACGCGAGCACAGCACUGCUAGUCUAGAAUACAGCAUCAUUUCAGAAACUGGUGAUUGUCAAGGAGAAAUAGAUGAAGGAAAUUAUGAAAUUGCCAAUGUUAAACUGUAUGAGAAGAGAGCUCGAAAAUCCAGAAAUUUUCGAAGAGAACGUAGUAAUGCAAGUACAGAAUACCUCCCGGGAUCAACAUCAGCAGACGUUCACGUUGAUGGAACAAAAAAUAUGGAAGAGGUUAAUAUUGUAUCUACGAGUGAUAUAGAAAAUGAGCGCAUGCUUGGAAGGUCUGAACAAUCGGGAAAUGAAGAUGGUAAUGCUGGAAAGCAAGUGGAAUCCAUUACAUCACAACUGGACGUAGAACGCGAGAGCUAUGUGAUGGACGAAGGUAAUGUUAGAAAACCAUCUGAGAAAGAAUCAAAGAAGAAACUUAAGAAGGCUAAGCGCCCCAAAAGAGAUGCCAGCAAAGGGUCUAACAUUAAGAAAGAAAAAAGGAAAAUCUAG